UAGCAUCAGAGAAAUGACUGAAAUAUAGGUUUCACAAAAUCAAGGCCCUAGAAGUAUCUAGACAUUUCAAGUAGCCCCUACACCUCCCCAUGUAAAUAAAGCAACUGCCAUUUGUCUUGCUUAUUCUUAACGCAGUUGUAUACACGCAACGCAUAUAUCUCUCUCUCAAUUUUUCCCGUCUGUAUUCCCAAGAGAAAUUCUAUAACCAUGAGCCGACAUCCUAUCGUCAAGUGGGCCCAGAGGUCUGACAAGUUGUUCAUCACGGUGGAGUUGCCGGAUGCCAAGAAUGCGAAGCUGAAACUGGAACCAGAAGGAAAAUUCUUCUUUUGUGCAACUGCAGGAGCUGAUAAUGUACCAUACGAAGUGGACCUCUAUCUCUUUGAUAAAAUUAAUGUCGAUGAGAGCAAAACUAGUAGUACUUCUAGACAUAUCAUGUAUCUGGUGAAGAAGGCAGAAGACAAGUGGUGGAGCAGACUGAUAAAACAGGAAGGUCUACGUCCAGUGUUUUUGAAAGUUGACUGGGACAAAUGGGUUGAUGAAGAUGAACCAGACAGUAAGCCUGGGAUGGAUAUGGAUUUUGGGGACAUGGACUUUUCGAAACUCAACAUGGGUGGAGGUCCUAGCGAUUUUGAUGCCGAUGUGCCUGAGAGAGAGGAUGACAGUGAUACCGAAGAAAUUGAGGACCGACAUCCUACUGUCAAAUGGGCCCAGAGGUCUGACAAGUUGUUUAUCACGGUGGAGUUGCCGGAUGCCAAGAAUGUGAAGCUGAAACUGGAACCAGAAGGAAAAUUCUUCUUUUCUGCAACUGCGGGAGCUGAUAAUGUACCAUAUGAAGUGGAUCUCGAUCUCUUUGAUAAAAUUAACGUUGAUGAGAGCAAAACUAGUAGUACUUCUAGACAUAUCGUGUGUCUGGUGAAGAAGGCAGAAGACAAAUGGUGGAUCAGACUGAUAAAGCAGGAAGGUCUACGUCCAGUGUUUUUGAAAGUUGACUGGGACAAAUGGGUUGAUGAAGAUGAACAGGACAGUAACGAUGAACAGGACAGUAACCGUAAGUCUGGGAUGGAUAUGGAUUUUGGGGACAUGGACUUUUCGAAACUCAACACGAGUGGAGGUCCUAGCGAUUUUGAUGCCGAUGUGCCUGAGGGUGGAGAGGAUGACAGUGACAUAGAAGUAUUUGUUUUGGGGGGAGAGGAUGACAGUGACACAGAAGAUAUAUUUGAGCUGGGAGAGGAUGACAGUGACACAGAAGAUAUAUUUGAGCUGUAGUGCAGGAAAUGUUGAUGGUCAGCUUGUGGUAUAUUUGAAGGAUCAGAAAGUGUUGUUGUGGUCAUAGGUUUUUGUUAUCUUAUAUACUCCAUUCGCAUCACCCCCAACGUAGGAAUUGUUUGUGUCUUCUGAAGGAUUCUGUCUCGAAACCAAGAUGUGGUUGAGGGGAAGAACUGGUUCAAAUACACAAAUUACAUACAUAUUAAUUAAUGAAAACAAAAAAUAAUUAAAGGUUUA